ACAUCGCAGUCGUCUCUCCUGAUGAACCCCAUAGCAUCAGUGUCGUGAACAUCAGAGGUUUCCUGGUAUGGCUUGAAAUUAGACGGUACGAUGCCGUUCACGCGAAGAUCAAGGGCGACAAAUGUGACGAGUGACAAGUGAAGGAACUGUAAUCCACCAUGGGCAACACACCAUCAAAGAGUGGCAGUGGAGAGGAGCUGGUCAAAACAACUUUGUUUGAAAAGGAGCCGAGUGGCACAACAUACAGAAUCCCUGCUCUCAUUUAUCUGAGGCACAGUCACACCUUCCUCGCCUUUGCAGAGAAGAGAUCCUCACCCGCUGACCAUGACGCUAAAGUCCUUGUUAUGCGUAGAGGAACGCUAAAAGACGAUGGAUCUGUUCAGUGGACGUCCAGUCAGGAGCUGUCAACAGCAUAUCUACAAGACCACCGCACUAUGAAUCCUUGCCCUGUGUAUGAAAAAAACAGCAAAACGCUGUUUUUAUUUUUCAUCUGCGUCUGCGGGAACACCACAGAGAUGAGGCAGAUCAUCACAGGGAAAAACAAGGCCCGUCUUUGCUGUGUAAGCAGCAGCGAUGACGGGCAAACCUGGAGUCCAGCGAAAGACUUGACCGAUAGUGUGAUUGGUGAGACUAUCCAUAAGUGGGCCACGUUUGCCGUGGGCCCAGGCCAUGGUGUUCAGCUGGAGAACGGCAGGUUGAUCAUCCCAGCGUACGCAUAUUAUGUCCCUUACAGAUGCUGUUCCUUCCCCAUUCCCUACACAGUCUACCCACGUGCACUGUCGAUAUACAGCGAGGACUUUGGCCAGACGUGGCGCAUCGGUAAGAUGCUUCGAAAAAAGUCGUGUGAGUGUGAGAUGGCGGAGAUCAUAGAUCACGAGGGCAGGAGCCAUCUUUACUGCAAUGCUCGCAACAGCGGAGGCCACAGGUGUGAGGCCCUGAGUGAAAACAGCGGCAUGUACUUCGACAAACCCCACAUCGCCCCAGAGCUCGUCGAACCGCCCUCGGGCUGCCAGGGCAGCAUCAUCGGCUUCCCUGCUCCCGAAUUUGUACCAAAUGACGACACUGAAAGCAAAGCCUGUGGCACGUCGCUCUUGUCUCCUGACACGCAGACCUGGCUCCUCUUCAUCCAUCCAACCAACAAGUCUAGCAGAAGAGACAUGGGCGUGUACUUGAACCGAUCCCCCCUGCACUCGUCAGGAUGGGACAGGCCCAGGAUCAUCCACAGGGGACCCAGCGGAUACUCAGACCUGGCUUACAACGGAGACAAGGAUCAGUUCUCGUGCCUGAUGGAGUGCGGGAAGGAGAGCGAACUCGAGCAGAUAGCGUUCAUGACGUUCACCCUCAACGACGUCAUGCAGACGGGAAGGAAAGACAAGAAGACGCGCUGAAUUUGCGGUUGCGUUAUUUCUGUAUUAACGAAGCUCCCUUACAUUCCCCCCCUCCCGGAAGUCCAAGCAAAAGCCACUAAAUAUGCUGUGCAGUAACAUCCGUCUGUGUUUACUGUUGUUCCACAUUCUGGAGAUGAUAAUGCAUGCAUGAGUCGUGUGUGUUUUGUUGUCUCCUCGUUUACAUGAAGAAGUAAUUGAAGUCUUAAUAGUAUCGAUAUGCAAGCAGCUGUGUGAGGGAAGGAAGCUAUUUUUUUCAAAGGGUCAGGGGUCGAUCUCAAGCAUGCUGUGCUGGACCAUCAUCUUUAAAACAGGCUUUGUGUGUGCAGCAUGUUUGACAAGUUCUUCAUCUUCAUUUUCUGCAUCUUAUUUAACCGUCAGGGUUUUCCUGAGCAGCGGAGAGAAUUUGCCUACCUCUUUUUAUUUUCAUAUGACGAUCAUAGCAGGCCUUGUAAAGCGGAGCGGAGAGUUUUCCUCCACGCUCAGUCUCUCCUUUACAUUUAGUAUACUCUUGAUUCACGUAUGCCUUCUACUCCACUGUUUGAACUUAAGCUGUGCCACAAGCCUGUCAAUGCACUACACUACCUUUUCUGUGCGUCACACGCGGGCAACCGCAAGGCCGGCGACCAAGCCGGGCAGAAAAAAUGAGCAUUAACUUUUUACAUGCCACACCCAGCUAAUCAACGCAGAGACCAACCGAGCUGUCUGAGUUUUUAAGAACAAAUCGAUGGAUUAUCAGAGAUUUUGGCUACUUUGUACUGUACACUAAUUUUUAUUUAUUUUUCAAAAGCAAUAUUUUAUCGGUCGCAUUAUUUAUUUCCUUCACAUGAUUUCCUUAACUACUUACUUACACUAUUCCUGGCAUUAUUAAUUGGGUGCAGCUUUAUGACCAGAGACGAUUGGCUGGCUGUUGGUUCUCGAAGCAUGUGACAGCAUGUGACAGCAGACAAAGACUCGCUAUUUAUACGGACGGCAGAACAUUUUGCACAUUGUACUGAGCGACCUGAACGUCCUCCUUUGCCCGAUGUUGUGAGGCCUCGAGGUGGUUUCCAAACUAGUUUCAUUGUGUUUUUGUUGACCGUUGUGGAAAGUGACAAAACCUGCAUGAAACAUGUAUUUUAGUAGAAAAUAAAAGUAACCUGUGAUCACCUGA